GUUUGCGUUUCUUUUUUAGAUUCAGAGGGUUAUAAACAAAAGACUUUGGGAUAAAUACGUGUACCGAAGAAGAGAGGUUGCUGAAGCGAAUCAUAACCACAGCAACGAGAGAAUGCUAUUUCAUGGUUCGGCGUUCAUUCACGCUAUUUUACAGAAAGGUUUCGACGAGCGCCAUGCUUAUAUCGGAGGCAUGUUUGGAGCUGGUAUUUACUUCGCGGAAAACUCUUCCAAGAGCAACCAGUAUGUAUACGGCAUUGGUGGAGGAUCUGGCUGUGCGCUGCACAAGGACAAGUCUUGCUACCUGUGCGAAAGGCAACUGCUAUUAUGUCGUGUAGCCCUUGGUAAGCCGUUUUACCAGUUCUCCGCGGUCAAGAUGGCGCAUUCACCUCCGGGCCACCACUCUGUUAUUGGUCGUCCCAGCUCGGAAGGGCUCUCAUUUGCUGAAUAUGUGGUGUAUAGGGGAGAGCAGGCUUAUCCAGAGUACUUGAUUACAUACAAGAUUGUCAAGUCGUCGGCUGGUGAAAGUUCUCCGUAAUGAACACAUCCUGUAAAUACCGCUAGUAGAAAUCAUCUUAUGGUGUACAUAAAAUUAUCGACUAUAGCCUCUACAGAUCAAUGGAAUGAAGAUCGAAGUUAUUUUAUGAAGGAUUGGGAAUUACAGAGAGGAGGCAAGCGUAUAAAAUGGAUAAACGAAGCGCAUGCGCCAUGUGGAGAGUGAUAGA